GUUCCCAGCAAUUCCCGCUGCAUUCGGCGCUGUACUUGACACCGUACUUGACAUCCUGUGUCCAAAGGGUCCGGCUUUGGAACUGAUUGUGGUUGCGGCGAGCAGAAGAGAGAGAUGACGGAUAAGGGUGAAGGACAUAAACGUUCCCGCAGUUCUUUGGCGCUGGCAAUCUUGCACCGAGACAAGUCGCGCGAGGGUCGUGAGGGCAGUGUCAGUCGCGAUCGCGCCCAGUCACCUCCUUCCACAUCCUCUCCGGUCGGCAGCACCACGUCCUCCUUCCCUGGUAUACCAGCCGCGCGAAGCUCCAGCCGCCGUAAAACACAUCAAGAGACGAACUUGUUGCCUUCGAUGGCUGGCGAACCUCCACGAGAAUCGAUGAGCUCCCUCCGAGACGACGACAAUAUCGAGAAGCUUCCCUCUUUGUCCCAUGCCGAAGGCAGUAGCAUGUCUCUGGAUCAGUCGGUGAGAACUUUCCGCCUUUUCGAGAUCCUUCGGAGCGGCGACACCAUUGCUAUCUCUAAAGCCAUAAAAGAGACGAAGGAGCCUCAAGGGGCGACCAAUCUGUCAGGUACGACGGUUCUCCACUUGGCUAUUCAGUGCGCGGAGCCGCAAGUCGUGGAGUAUGUACUCUCGACGGGCGAAGAGUUGGAUGUGAAUGCUCAGGACCGAGAUGGCAAUACUCCCCUUCAUCUGGCCGCUCAAUUAGGACGUGGUCCUGUAGUUCGUGAGCUGCUGAGUCGGCCUUCGCUGAAUGACUCAAUUGUCAACUACGGUGGUCAAACAGCUCUUGACGUUGCCAGGACUCCCGAGAUAUUCCAGCAACUUCAGCUAGCGCGGUCACUCUUCAUUGACCAUAAAACCCAGGAGAUUCAAUCAUUAGUCUCCCAAGGUGAAUAUGCGAAACUUGAGAAGGUUUUGGAAGAGCCUCGGGUAGAGGGUGUGAUGGAUGUCGAUAGCCUGGAUCUAGUCACUGAUCCUGCUACUAUUCACUCUGGGGGAACUUUGCUACACGAAGGAGCAAGGAGGAGAGAUACGAAGCUGAUACAGAUUCUUUUGAUGCAUGGUGCCGACCCAUUCCGCCGCGACAAAAAGGGAAAGCUCCCACAAGACGUCACCAAAGAUGAAAAGACUCGUGCAAUCGUCAAAAAGUCCCCGGCUGCUGUCAUGGCUCAACGGGGUAUACAGGAGAAAGCCAUUUUAGGAACUAGCGCAACGGCCCCGAGCGUCUCUGGCCGGGUGGGCGUAGCCGAAGCUCCCUUCGCUGGCAAAGAAGCUCGUGAGAUGAGAGGAUAUCUGAAGAAAUGGACAAAUUACACCAGUGGUUAUAAGCUACGGUGGUUUGUAUUGGAGGAUGGGGUCUUGAGCUACUAUAAACAUCAAGAUGAUGCGGGCUCAGCUUGCCGGGGUGCUAUCAAUAUGAAAAUCGCCAGGCUUAACAUGGAUUCGCAGGACAAGACUCGUUUUGAAAUUUACGGCAAGUCAUCGGUCAAGUACCAUCUCAAGGCGAAUCAUGUCGUCGAGGCUAAGCGCUGGUUCUGGACGCUCAACAAUGCCAUACAAUGGGCAAAGGACGAAGCAAAAGAAGAAGAGAAGCGCCAGACAAGACAUGCCGAAGUGCUACGCCAAGCGAAGAUCGAAAAGACUGAGGGUCGGUCGCCUGAGAGCAUGUCAGACUCGCCGGGCUUCAAUACAUCUAAUAAAUUGAGUGGGAAAACCCUGGCUCCAUCAUCCAUUGCCGUACCUAGCAGUAGUGGCACACGGCUUAGCACGUAUGCAUCGCGUACAACGCUAGAAAGUGCUCCUGAAGACGAUGAAGGCUCAUUGUACGGCUCGUUGGAUCAUGCUGCAACAUCAAACGCUGUGCGCCGUCUCACUAGUCAUGCAACUACUGCGCCCGACAUUGACGGAGAUGAUGAUAUUGAUGACGAUGAUGGGGACUAUGCAUCCAGCCACGAUAUACCACCAACUGAUAAAGAUGCUCUGAAUAUCACCGCACAGUCGACCAAACUCCAGCUUGAUAUCCUUGCCCACAUUGCGGCUUCAAUGCAGGUGGAACAAUCGAGAAGCCCGAGUACAACCCUGUCAGAUCCGGCCGUCGAGCAAGCUCUGGUAGCUUACGGAGCAGCCGUGAGUAGCUUACAAGGCUUAGUGCAAAAUCUCUUGAGAAUUUCCAGGGACCGCGAUGCUUAUUGGCAAUAUAGGCUCAACCGUGAGGCCUAUCUACGUAAGAUGUGGGAAGAAAGUAUGGCUAAGAUAGCGCAUGAACAUGAAGAACUGCAGUCGCGAAUGGGUGAGUCGGAGGAGAAACGACGGCGCACCAAACGGGCGCUCAGGGAAGCAUUAGAGUCAGCUACUACUGGCCAUGUUGAUGGCCGGGCUCCUUCUCAUGCACAAACCAUCAAAGAUGACUCCGAUGUUGCAAAAGUCGAGGCUCAUACAUCCGAUGUGGUUGACAAGUGCUCACGGCUAACGGAGAAAGAGCCAGGGCAGUCGCUCAAUCACAAACAGUCAACUCUCUUGCAGAUCAACAACCUUUGUGACUCAGGGUCUGAAGAUGACGACGACGACGAGUUCUUUGAUGCAAUUGAUUCAGGGGAGAUUGAGGUGGAGAAGUUGUCAUUUGUACCUUCAGAUGAUGACGGGAGGGAGUUUCCAGAUGAAGGUAGCGAGCUUCGAGCCACCAAGCGGAAGGAAAUCAUCCCCUCAUUCACAGGGUACGAUGAGUCUGUCAGGGAACGGCUGAAAAUGGACUAUGACAACAGGCCGAAAAUCUCGCUCUGGGGUAUUCUAAAGUCUAUGAUUGGUAAGGACAUGACGAAGAUGACCCUUCCAGUCUCUUUCAACGAGCCAACGUCGUUGCUUCAGCGAGUGGCUGAAGACCUGGAAUAUGCGGACCUCCUGGACGUUGCCGCUGAUAGACCCGACUCCAUGGAGCGGUUGUUAUACGUCGCUGCGUAUGCUGCAAGCGAAUAUGCAUCGACCAUUGGCCGUGUGGCAAAGCCUUUCAACCCCCUCCUUGGUGAAACAUUCGAAUAUGUCCGGCCUGACAAAGGUUACCGGUUCUUUAUUGAGCAGGUCAGCCACCACCCACCGAUAGGCGCUGCCUGGGCUGAGUCAACCAAAUGGGAUUACUAUGGCGAGUCUGCUCUCAAAUCGAAGUUCUACGGGAAAUCUUUCGACAUCAAUCUCUUAGGGACAUGGUUCCUUCGAUUGCGCCCGGCAUGCGGAGGAGAGGAACUAUACACUUGGAAGAAAGUCACCUCAUCUGUUAUUGGCAUCAUUACUGGUAACCCAACGGUCGACAACUACGGGUUAAUGGAGAUCAAAAAUUGGACAACCGGCGAGAUCUGCUACCUGGAUUUUAAACCCAGGGGAUGGAAGGCAUCCUCUGCCUAUCAGGUGUCCGGGAAAGUAGUAGAUCGAGAUGGAACCCCAAAAUGGAGUAUUGGCGGUCGGUGGAAUGACAAAAUAUAUGCGCGUCAUACUCCCGGGUUUGAGGCGCCGGUGUCUGGCCAGGAUCCCGAAUCAAACAAGACGCUUUUGGUCUGGCAAUGUCAUGCGCGCCCAAGCGGAAUUCCGUUCAAUUUGACUCCGUUCGUCAUCACCCUUAACGCUCUGCCGAAUGGUCUCAAGGAGCACCUUCCUCCUACGGACACACGGCUUCGACCUGACCAGCGUGCGAUGGAAGAAGGUGAAUAUGAUUUGGCGGCCAGUGAGAAGCACCGGGUGGAAGAAAAGCAACGAGCCAAGCGCAGAGAGCGCGCGACCAACGGGGAAGAGUACCAGCCCAAGUGGUUCACGCGAGCCCAGUGCCCGAUCACCGGAGAGGAGUACUGGGCACACAACGGUAAUUAUUGGAAGUGCCGAGAAUCCCACGAUUGGAGUGUCUGUGAGGAUAUUUUCUGAGGGGAAGUAAUGUGUAUGUUUGAUGCGUGGUUACUCCCACUGUAACUAUGAUUUCACACUGGACGGACACAUGCCUGCAUGGCUGAAUGAUUGAAGAUGCUAUGCAUCUUGACUGUAGC